GUUAUAUUACUAAUAUUCCGAUAGCAGGCAACACCGUUGUUUAUCUUCCUUUUUGAUCAAAGGAAGUAAGCUGGGGCACCCGCCGGCACCUCCCCCGGAUUCUCGAAACUUAGGACAUAAUUAUUCCCAUUUCUCUCCAAUUUCAUCCGAUCAAACAAAUAUAAAUCGCGAUUCUCCCUCUUCCCACUCCCCACAACGUGGAGUAGAAUGCUCUCUCGCAAAACCGAUAGUUCCAAUUAGGGAUUUCUCGAUCCUACAAGUUUUUUUUGCACUAAACCACCAGCGGAACUGAAUUCUCCGGCGGUUUUAGCUUAGGUUAACGAUGUCGUCGGCGCAUCAAGUUGUUAAGCGUGCCAAAUACAAAACCACUGUCAAAGAUCCUGGCACUCCCGGCGUACUCAAAUUGACUCGAGAAAAGUUUGUUUUCAAGCCUAACGAUCCAACAUCAAACAACAAGCUCGAAGCUGAUUUCAGAUUAAUUAAAAAUCAUAAACACACCAAAGAGGGAUCGAACAAACCACCGUGGCUUAACCUUGCACAUUCUCAGGGAAGUUACAUCUUUGAGUUUGAAAGCUUCUCAGAUCUUCAUAUUUGCCGGGAAUUAGUUGGUAGUGCCCUUAGCAAGCAUGUAGAACCCUCAAAAGUUGUUUCUGAUGAACAGCUUAGUGCUUCUGAAAUGACACUGAGAAUUAAGCUAUUGCAAGAAGAUAGUAAGUUGCAGAAACUUCAUAAAGAACUUGUGGCUAGUGGUAAGCUUACAGAAUCAGAAUUUUGGGCUACAAAGAAGAAAUUGCUCGACCAAGAUGAAAGCAGAAAGUUAAAACAAAGGGUUGGAUUUAAAAAUUCUUUGAUCUUCGACACAAAGCCUACUAGUGAUGGUCGGAUAAACCAGGUUAAGUUUCAAUUAACACCGGAGAUAAAACAUCAGAUUUUUACCCUCAAACCAGCAGUUCACAAGGCAUUUCUCAGUUUUGUACCCAGUAAGAUGAGUGAGGUAGAUUUCUGGAACAAAUACUUUAGAGCUGAAUAUCUCCAUAGUACCAAAAAUGCUAUUGCGGCAGCUGCUGAGGCUGCUGAAGAUGAGGAUCUUGCUGUUUUUUUGAAAGAUGACGAGAUAUUAGAAAAUGAAGCUCGAGAGAAGGUUCGACGGGUUGAUCCGACUUUAGACAUGGAAGCAGACCAAGGAGAUGAUUACACUCAUCUUCCGAAUCAUGGGAUCUUCCGUGACGGUAGCAAGGAAACAUCUGAAGCUCAAAAUACUAUGUAUUGGCGAACAUUGUUGCAAGAUCUUAAUAGACAAAGUGAGGUGGUUCUCGAAGGAAAAACUAUAGAUAAAGAUAUGGAACCUCCAAGAACAGUGGCAGAAGUGCUUGCUCGGAGAAAACGGAGAUUUGAUGGGGUUAUAGAGGAGGAGAGGCUAAUCAGAAUUUCUAAGAUGGCACCGAUUGAGGAUCUUCAGGCACAAGAUGAUAAUGCGUUUGCACCACUCUGUAUCAAGGAUCCUCGUGACUAUUUUGAUUUUCAACAAGAGAAUGCAGUAAAAUCUUUGGAUGAUUCCCUAGCUGCUAAGUUGAAAUCAAGAAGCAAUUUGGGUUAUGAGGAAGCCUAUGGCUCUUUGAGGGAGUCGAUAUCUAACAUCAUAACUAUGGGAUUAAGGGAUCCUCUAUUGAGCUCUGAUGUUGCCUUUAAGGUCCUCACUGGAUUGACCAAAAAUAUCUCAAGCACCAAAUCAAAUCUUGGGAAAAGUUCACAGGAGAGUGCCCUUGAUAUAUUGCCCAACACAACUAAGGAGAAACUACUAGAUCAUUGGGUUUGCAGUCAGGAAUUACUGAAGCACUUUUGGUCUUCCUAUCCAGUAACAACACAAAGCCUUGCUAAUAAGGCCAGAAGACUGAAAGAUGCCAUAUCACAAAUAUAUGCUAAACUUGAGGAAAUAAAAGUAUCUUCACAGUCAGACCUGCGGCACCAGGUUUCACUUGUUGUCCAUCCAAUGCAGCAGGCUCUGGAUGCUGCCUUGUUACAUUACGAAGCUGAUCUUGGGAAAAGAAAUGCUAAAGGGUCGAAGCCUAAUGGUUAUGUUUAGGAUAAUGGUAUUCUCUAGGCACUUCUAGCAUUGCACCAUAACAAUUUAGGAAUGUAUAUUCCAUCAAUUUUGCCGUGACCUCAAAAUCGUAUGGCUAUUUACCUCUAUAUUAUAUGAUGAAAUGAAUUAGUAUUAUUAGAGUUAUUAUAUGAUGAAAUGAAUUAGUAUUAUUAGAGUUAGUAAGCAAGACACUUACUCUAUAAUUAGCUUUGUAGAAAUUACUUGUUUACUUGUCCCUAGGCAGUACAACUGUAGUAUGAACCAAAAUAGGAAGAGUUCACAGAUAUCUGUCCUUUCCCCCUUGCU